AUGCUUUUCGUUCAAGUCUGUUUUAUCUGCAGUAUUCUAUCUUUGACGUGGUGCAUGUCCGCCCUGCUCACAAAAACAGGACAUGGCCUGGUCCUGGAGCAGGGGCUGGUUGACACAACAAACCGUCUGGGACGCAGGCUGAUGGCCGUGGACGGAGACAAUGACACACUGGAUAAGAACUGCACAGAGCCAGCCAUCAAUGAGUUCCCUGAGGAUGUCUUCACCACCUACCAGCGCACCAGAGGAGCUGUCCUGCUGCACAUAUUUGCGGCCCUCUACAUGUUUCUGGCCUUGGCCAUCGUCUGUGAUGACUACUUUGUGACGUCAUUGGAGAAGAUCUGUGAGAAACUGGACCUGAGUGAAGAUGUGGCAGGAGCUACUUUCAUGGCUGCUGGCAGCUCAGCACCAGAGCUGUUCGCUUCAAUUAUAGGUGUCUUCAUCACUCAUGGAGACGUGGGUGUUGGAACCAUAGUGGGCUCAGCGGUGUUCAACAUUCUAUGCAUCAUCGGUGUGUGCGGAAUCUUCGCUGGACAGGUAGUAUACCUGACUAAGUUUGCAGUGUUCCGUGACUCGCUCUACUACACCCUGUCUGUGUUGGCAUUGAUUGCAGUCAUUUACGAUGAGAAGAUAGUGUGGUGGGAGAGCUUAGUGCUAGUACUGAUGUACUUUGGGUACAUUCUGAUCAUGAAAUUUAACACCAGCAUCCAGAACUAUUUCACAGGGAAGGAGGACAAGAGCUUGGCCAAUGGUAACACAGUGAUCAGCAGCGAGCUGGAGGAUGUGAAGCCCACUAAGAUGUACAGUCGUGGCUCUGUGGUGAUGGUGGAUGAGAUGAUCAACUCCAGCCCUCCUAACUACAGUUUCCCAGACGCCGGCCUGCGCAUCAUGAUCACCAACCAUUUUGGCCCCAAGACACGCCUCCGCAUGGCCAGCCGCCUCAUCAUCAAUGAGCAACAGAGGCUGGUGCAGGCGUCUAACGGUGUGGACAACGAAACCAUGGUGAUCACUGAUGGUAAACCUGAGACCUUGGAGAACGGCACCGUACCAGAGGACAAGACUGCUGAGGAAGAGGAGGGAGAAGCCCUGAAUUCACCCUUCACCAUCCCUGGGGGCUGCAUGGAGAAGGUGAAGUGGCUGAUCUCCUGGCCCAUCCUGCUGCUGCUCUACUUCACUGUGCCAAACUGUGCCAAGCCUCGCUGGGAACGCUUCUUCAUGCUCUCCUUCUUCCUCUCCACCGUGUGGAUCGCUGUCUUCUCCUACUUCAUGGUCUGGAUGGUCACCAUAAUUGGCUACACUCUGGGCAUCCCUGAUGUGAUUAUGGGCAUCACCUUCCUGGCAGCUGGCACCAGUGUCCCCGACUGUAUCGCCAGCCUUAUUGUUGCUCGUCAAGGUCUUGGGGAUAUGGCGGUUUCCAACACCAUUGGUAGUAAUGUCUUUGAUAUAUUGGUGGGACUGGGGCUCCCCUGGGCGAUACAGACCAUGGCUGUGGACUAUGGCUCUGAGGUGAUGAUCAACAGCAGAGGGCUGCUCUACUCUGUGGUGCUGCUUCUUGGCUCUGUGUUUCUGACAGUUCUGGGGAUCCAUGUGAAUCAUUGGAAGUUGGACCUGAAGCUGGGUGUGUACGUGCUGGUGAUGUACGUCAUCUUCCUGUGUUUCUCCAUCAUGAUCGAGUACAACGUCUUCACCUUCGUCAAUCUGCCCAUGUGUCUGGAGCAGCUGUAG